AUGAAUUCCUCAUCUUUCAGCAACAUGUCAAGCAGCUUAACUUAUAGAGACUCUCUCAGCACUGCAGUGACCAAAAAUGUUCUCAUAGUGGCUCUUGGCAUCACCAUUAACUAUAUUAAUGGAACGCUUAUUCACACUUUCAGAAAACAUGAAAUAUUUUACAUGAAUCCUCGUUACAUCCUGUUCAUCCAUCUGGUGGUGAAUGAUAUGAUCCAGCUGACUACAUCCAUCAGCUUGUUUGUUUUCAGUUACAUCUUCUACAGAAUUAGCACUUCUUUCUGCUGCUUUAUUGUUACCUUUGCCGUUUUCACCACUGUGAACUCUCCUUUAAAUUUAGCUUUGAUGGCGGUGGAGUGCUAUAUCGCCGUUUGUUUCCCACUGCGGCAUGCUGAACUUUGCACCAUAAAAAGAACAUAUUUUCUCAUUGGCUGUAUUUGGGGUUUAAGCGCAGCAACGGUUUUGCCAGACAUCGCUCUUAUCCUCGCCACAGAGCCUCUGUGGUUGUUUAACUCUACGGUAUUUUGUGACAGAGACACUGUUUUCCGACACCCAAUAAGCAUAAAAAAGAGAGAUGUUUCUUAUAUAAUUUUUUUAUCUGGAGUUUGGCUUACACUUUUAUUUACAUACCUCAGGAUCUUUUGUGCUGCUCAUGCUUCUAACUCAGCUGACGGCAGGGCAAAGGCCAGAAAUACUAUCCUGAUUCAUGGUUUUCAGCUACUUUUGUGUAUGCUAACAUAUGUAACGCCUUUGGCAAAGAUGUUUCUGGUGUUUCUGCCUAUUGCACAAUAUGUCCAAGCAUAUUUUUUUUGGUACAUAUUGAUCCAGAUUCUGCCCAGAUUAGUGAGUCCUAUUGUGUACGGGGUACGAGACAGCACAUUUAGACAAUAUUUGAAAAAAUAUCUUUUGUGCAGCAUCGGAGAAGUCAACAAACUACAUCCGUAA